CGCCCAGGAUAAUCUAUGAGAUUUGGAGGCCCAAAGAGGCCUUCCAGGUCAACUAGACCGACGUCUCUCACACUGACACUGCCAGACUUGGAAGGUCCGAGACCGAGAGAAGAGAAACCUCGCAUAAUGAAUAUGGAAGAAAACGAAGAAUUGACGAAAGAUGAAGUAGAGCAGCAAGUGUGGAGUUGGGGUGCAGGCACGGACGGUCAACUAGGCACAGGCAGGCUCGAGGAUGAACAUCUCCCUCAGCUCCUCCGCCUACCAUCCCUCCCCUCCUGUGGCUGCGUCUCCAUGCUCGCCUGCGGCGGCGCUCACGCCGUCGCCUUGACUUCGGUGGGGAACGUUCUGUCAUGGGGACGGGGCACAUCUGGUCAAUUAGGCCACGGAGAGAUGGUUUCUUGGUUGCAGCCAAAGCCCAUAACGUCUCUUGAGAGCCAUAAAAUCACUCAUGUUUCUGCUGGAUGGAGCCACUCUGGAUUUGUUUCAGAUACUGGACUCCUUUUCACUUGUGGGGAUGGAUCUUUUGGUCAGCUUGGGCAUGGCGAUUACAGGUCACAUUGCUCUCCCAUUGAAGUCUCAUUCUUUGUUAAUAUGCAUGUCAACGAGAUGGCAUGUGGCAUGCGUCAUUCACUUGUCUUGCUGAAAGACACAGGUUCUUCUGGAAGUGAAGUUUAUGCAUUUGGAUCUGGGAAACGUGGUCAACUGGGUCUCUCCAAUGAUAAAAUCAGGACAGUUAGCUCCCCUCAAAUUACCAGCGGACUUGAAGAUCUAGAAGUAGUAAGUAUUAGCGCAAAUGGUGAUCACAGUGCUGCAUUAUCUGGUGAGUCCACUGGAGUUCUUUUUUGCCAUUUUGGUAAGGCAGAUUAUAUACCAUGUACCAAAUGUUUUGGCCUAGAAAUUAUAUUUUUGGACUUGACAGAUACAGAGAGGCUGAUGUUAAGAAAAAUUUUCCCAACCCGUCAUCAAUUCUGUUGCACAAUAGUCCUUAGUAAUUCUUCUUCUAUAUUGUCUGUUUCAUCAGUUGAUGGGCAUCUGUAUACUUGGGGAAGAGGGUUUAGUGGCACUUCAGAUACUUGUUUUCCUCAGCGUGUACCUUCUGCUUUUCCGUUUACUAAAGUCGCUGUUGGAUGGAAUCAUGCUUUAGUGCUAACUGGUGGUCAUGAGGUUUUUAUGCUUGGUGGCAAUCGACAUGGAGUGCUUUCUGAUUUUGAGAACACCAGUGCCGCAAAGCAAUCGCCUGGAGAAGCUACCAUGGAGAAAGUCCUUGGCCUUGAGGAAGUGAAGGUUGUGGAAAUUGCAGCUGGAGCAGAGCACUCUGCUAUAGUUACAGAGAAUGGAGUGAUAAAGACAUGGGGAUGGGGUGAACAUGGUCAACUUGGCUUAGAAAAUACAAGUGAUCAGACCAAUCCUCAAGUGGUAAGUCUAGGUCACGACAAUCUCAACAAGGAUACAAUGAAAGUCUAUUGUGGCAGUGGAUUUACCUUUGCCAUGAGGACUCUUAGUCUCCAUUCUCGAACCUGCUAAAUGUUGCUUCUGGUAGCUGUUAUCUGCCUAUCUGCCUUGCCAUGUGGAAUGGGUAUUGGAAGAAACAAUAUUUUCCUCAAAGGCUUGAUCUCUGAUUUCUCAAUGGAAAAAAUGACUUAUGAUACAGCUAUAAUCUGGGAGUUUCAGUUUGAUGUGCCAGGUUAACCCUGAUGCUACUGGGGGCAUUGUGCCUGUGAAGUCAAUAUUUUUCUCAGUGGAAAAAAUGACAUGAUACAGCUAUAACCCUUGGAGUACUCGCCUCUGAAGUUUCAGUUGUCAAGUUAAUUCUGCUACCAGGGCGUUCUGCCUUUGAAGUUAAUAAAAAUUUGCAUAUAAUGUACAAUGAAAGAAUGGUGCCUCACCUCUGUAUUAUUGGUUGCACCCUCUUGAACAGUUGGCUAAUAUCAUUGUGGAAAGGGGUCUGUUCUAUCCGCCUAAUUCUUUAGUUUACAUAUCAACUGUUGCAUUUUUUUAUUCUAAUUGUCCUAUGACGAUACUACGCUUAAGUUUGUCUACGAAGAGAAGAGGCACAAACAGUCCCUUUUUUCUUACCAAGAAAAUUAGAGAAACUGAGUUGCAAUGCA